UACUUCACAACCGAGCACUAUCGUCAGUUAAGUAGUUUAGCUCGCUGAUUGCAUUUCAGCUGCACUAUUUUCACAAUUAUCUCAGUCAGUUUGCUACCAAUGAUUUUUAAAAACGUAUUCUCGCUCGCCAUACUGACGGUGGUGGCAUAUGCGACGACCAACCGAUCAUACGAUGGUUACAAGGUGUACGAAGUGCAGCAGCAAACUCGCGAGCAAGCCGAUGUUCUUCGUCAGCUAGAACAAUCCUUUGACGAUCUGGAUUUUUUGCAUCUGAGCAAACAGCUAGGCAGCACUGCGCGUGUUUUAGUUCCUCCAGCGUUACAGGCUGAGUUAGAGGAAACACUUUCGAAGCAUGGUAUACAAUUCAUUGAGCUUAUCCCUAACGUUCAACGAUCCUUGGAUGAGAACAUCAACGUUGGCACAAAGAAAUCAUUGAAUGCCGAAGAAGCUAUUUUGAGCACUUAUUUGCGCCAUUCUGAAAUCGACAACUAUCUGGAAGAUCUGGCACGCAAGCACCCAUCACAGAUCCGCGUCGAUGAAGUUGGAAAAUCAUACGAAGGUCGACCUAUAAAAACAAUCACAAUCAAUGACAAACCGAACAACACAGUCAUAUUUCUGGACGCUGGAAUCCAUGCUCGUGAAUGGAUUGCACCCGCAACAGCUCUUUACGCGAUCAACCAGUUAGCGGAGCACUCGGAUGAACACCAAAAUAUUCUAGAGAAUGUGACCUGGGUGAUUCUACCAGUUGUGAACCCGGAUGGUUACGAAUUUAGCCAUCAAACAGACCGCCUCUGGCGCAAAACUCGCAAACCUGCCGGUCACUACAUUGGCACUGACGGUAAUCGCAACUUCGACUUCCACUGGGGUGAAGUUGGCGCAUCGUCUUCGCCCGCUUCCGAAAUCUAUCGCGGAGAUGGUCCGUUCUCGGAACCCGAAACACAAACCGUUCGCAAUGUGUUGCAGAGACUGCAGGGAAGCUGCAAGUUCUAUCUCACGCUGCAUUCGUAUGGAAAUUACUUACUGUAUCCGUGGGGAUGGACAAGUGACCUUCCCAACAAUUGGAGGGACAUUGAUGAAGUGGCCCAGGCAGGAGCUGACGCGAUUGAAAAGGCAACCGGAACAUACUAUACUGUUGGCAGUUCGACCAACGUGUUGUAUGCCGCAGCGGGCGGCAGUGAUGACUGGGCUCUGGCGAAAUCUAACGUUUCUAUUUCCAUUACUAUGGAAUUGCCAGGUGGUGGCAGCAUUGGUUUUGACCCGCCAGCGUCAUCCAUCGAAAAGAGCGUGAAGGAAAGCUGGGUGGGCAUUAGGGCGAUGGCACUGAAAGUGGCUCAAACUUCCUGAAUAAAAUGAAUUCUUACAAAAA